AUGUCCGAGCGAGCAGAACGACUAUCUGGCCUACAGAAUGGCGCUGUGGGCUCCAUCGCCGGCAUGAUCGAAGUGAUGCUGCAGCAGCCUACCGUCGCCAUCAAGAACGCGGUGCAGCAGGGCCGCCCGAUCCCGUGGUCCGUACCGGCACUCUACCGCGGCGUGGGCGUGUCGCUGGCCUCCAUCGCACCUGUGAGUGCCAUUCAGUUCGCAGUCAAUGGCCGGUUGCUGCGUGGCUUGACGGAUCCGACCUCGGCUCCUUCGGACCAGACAAAAGUGCUGUGCGGCACACUCUCGGGCGUCGCGUCGGCGGUGCUCAGCGCCCCCGCGGAGCUAGUAAUGACAUUGCAGCAGAACAAUGGCAAGAGCUUCGGUGCGACGGUCAAAGAGGUCGCUCAGCAACACGGUGUGGUGCGACUGCUGAGGGGCUUUUCGGCCACGGCAGUGCGAGACGCAGUGUGGUGCGCCGGAUAUUUGGCACUGGGCCCCGUGUUCACCCGCGAGAUGCACAUACUGAGUCCCGCCACCUUCGGAGACGUUAACACUGCCACCAAGUCGCAGAAGGCGUCGGCCUCGAUUGCCGGCUGCGUCACUGCUGGUCUGAUCACGGUAGCGGCCACUCAGCCUGUGGACACCAUCAAAACUGUCAUGCAGGGCGAGGCUAUGGUGCUGCCCUCCGGUCGCACACCCAGUACGCUCGCCACGGCCUGCCGCAUAUAUCGCGAAGGAGGCUUGGCGCGAUUCUACCGUGGCAUCGUUCCGAGAGGAUGCCGCUUGGUCGGCGCUGUAUUCAUCCUGGGCCAGUCGCGCAUCAAACUCGAGGAGGUUUUCGAGGAGCACGAGCUGCUUAAGAUCUAG